CAAGCAACUAACUGCACCUAUCAAGGUUAGAAUAGCGCUCUUAGAUCACCUUCUGCAACAUACUCUCAACAAACGCCAAAUAGAGUUGAGAAUUGCAACUUAUUUCGAGUAGUGGUCAUUGUCGUGCGGAAUUGCUUUGUGUCUACACGUUGCUAUUAAGGUCCAUCCGCUGAAGACUGUACGGGGCAUAUCUGCCAAACAUGUUUGCAUGCGGGUCUUUGUUAUCGCUACGUUUCUCUCUGCUGAAGACGAAUCCCUGCAAGGACACUUCAGAAGAAGAUUCGGCUCCCUGCUGAAGUGAAUAAAGGACAGUUUCUUCACUUGAUGUGUAUGCAUGAGUUCUGCACCGAAUGGGCGCAAAAACCGCCCCAGAACUGCCGGGACCAUUUUCCAGAUCUGCAAUAAGUCCCCGGCGUCCAGAGAGUCGGAGCGCAGGGAGAGCAGCGAAGCGCUCCGCGCCGUAGCGGACUGCAGAAUGGUUGUCCAGGAGUUCAAUACCCUUGUGGCCCUCUAUAGGGAGUUGGUUAUCUCUAUUGGAGAGAUUUCCACUGAUUGUCCCUCUCUUCGUGCUGAAAUGCACAAGACGCGCAUGAAAGGGUGUGAGAUGGCACGGACUGCACAUCAAAACCUUUCCGCAAUAUCAGGCCCAGAAGAUGGAGAAAUACAUCCAGAGAUCUGCCGUCUCUUUAUCCAGCUGCAGUGCUGUUUGGACAUGUAUCUGACAGAGAUGCUUAAGUCAGUGUGCCUGCUGGGAUCCCUGCAGCUCCACAGAAAAGAAAAACAUUAUUUAGGUACAACUAAGGUGGACAGUAAAGAGGACAGCUCUGACAUCCCCAUCAUUGAAGACACUUCCUCCACUCCACUGGACUGUUCGCAGACCUUCUACCUGGUGGCCUCAGACAUGGAGAACAUCGAGAGGGACAUGACAGAUAUGAAAAAUCUGCUUAGCAAACUCAGGGAGACGAUGCCUUUACCACUGAAGAACCAAGAUGACAGCAGUUUGUUGAAUUUGACGCCAUACCCCUUAGGCAGGCAGAGAAAGAGGCGUUUCUUUGGCCUCUGUUGUCUGGUGUCCAGCUAAAAGCUCUCUCCCAGAAUCCAGUCACAAAUGACUGCAUUUCCUCACAAUGUGUGACACUCACCAACCAACAGUACUACUGCCAUUUCCCAAAUCAGUGCUUUCUUUUGGUGAGUUCUGUCCAAUUUCCUACUUCUGUGUGAAUAAAUAGUAAUAUCUGUGUGACAUCAGUGGUCAAAAAAUAUAUUAUUCAAUACAACAGAUUUUCAUUUUUAAGUGAAUGUAUGUUCGUCCACAUUAUGCUUAGUAAAGAGACUGGUUUAUACAGUAUAAAUAACUACUGUUUGUCCUGUUCCAUUGCUUUUGUGGAGUGUGACACAAUCCAGUUUCUAUCACAUUAUCACAAAAGUCAUGUGCUGUGCUUUUUUUGUCAAGACAGCUGUUGUAAUGAGGAGUACAAGACUGCAAAUUAGAACAGAGGUUACAAUAGAUACUUUAUGACAUAUGUAACAGUUUUGAUGCUAAACAUUUAUGCUUAAUUUGCAUUAGCUCAUUAUCAACACAAAACAAUGCAGCACAACAUGAGUGAACAUGGUAUCUGUUGAUAUCUUUGAUCUGAUUUUUAUUUUAUUUUUGGCUGUUACCAUGCUUUACUACAGUAUUAUUUAGUCUUCCAUAUACCGAAAAUCCUGUAACCUUUCUCUGUUUGAUUCAGCCUUUAGGAUAAUACAAUACCUGAAGAAGCCUUUGUAAAUAAAGUAUAUAUCUAUGAAUAGAACAUUUUAGAGAUGUACAUAUACAAUGUAAACCUAGCGUUUAAUUAUUUUUCAAAACUGAUUUUUUUGAAAGAGAUUGACAGUGAAGGGUGGCAUGUCUAUCCAUCUGGCGUGAUAUAAGUCCAGAUUGGAAGGACUCAGCAUGGACUCGCAUCUAAAUGUGUCAGGCAUGGCGCAGAUACUGUAGUGUUUAUGAAAAGGCGCAGUUUCAUUUUAUAUUGGUAAUAAGCCUUUUAUUAAUGAUCGAACAGAACUGGCAUUUUGUCUCUUUGUUUUAUUAAAAAUGAUUUUAACAUAAAAAAUCUAAUGAUCAGCAGAAGAAUAGGUACACAGAAAUCAAGUUACAGGAAUAGUUAAGAUAUUACUUUCUUUUCAGAGAAACUCACACUUGGAAGUCUUCUGUUCCUUCCACCAGCUACGUUUACAUGCAGCCUAAUAACUAAUUAAUAAUUCAAAUAAUUGCUCAAUCAGAAUUAAAAGUAUUUAUAUGAACACUUUUCUGGAACAAAAAAACAAUGCAAUUGAGCUCUAUCCAAAUGAAAAAUCUGUCCGGUUGAAAGAUGUGGUGCAAAUGUUUAAAAAAAAUUGUUAAAUAGAAGAAUAAUAGCCAUCUGAAUCCGACUACUUAUGAAAUCAAAAAUACCCUGCGUGCAUAAACAAGGAUGGAUUCUGCUUCUUAUUCGUCAGUUUCUUAGGGCAACCACCUAUCUUUGCUCUGUACUCUAAUCCAGAGAAGUUAAUUUAGUUAGAGGACAAGAAUAAUGUCUGUUAAAGUAGAGGACAAAAUGAAUCUGCAAUUGGAUUAAAUGGAUUGGAUUGAUGAACAUCUGUGCAUGUCAUAGUCAGUAAUUCCCAUACCAGUAUUACUCAUAAGAUGUCAGCAUCAUUUAUUAUUAAGACACUUAUUACAUAAAGAAAUAUUCCAGGUUCAAUACAAGUUAAGCUCAAUCAACAGCAUUUGUGAAAUAAUGUUGAUUACCACAAAAAUGUAUUUAGACUCGUCUAAAUCUGGGUGACAGUGAGACACUUACAAUGGAAGAGAAUGGGCAAACUCGUAAACAUUAAAAUACUCACUGUUUCAAAAGUAUAGCCACAAGAUGUAAACAAUAUGUAUGUUUGCCAGCAGCAUACUGUAUCAAUCUGCAGCUCUCACCUGUUUACCCACAGAAGCUACAGUAAACAGGGUUGAGCCUGGCUAGUACCUGGAUGGGAGACCUCCUUAGGAAAACUAUGGUUGCUGCUGGAAGAGGUGUUAGUGUGGUCUGUGUGGGUGCUAUAAUGCCCCAGUAUAGUGACUGGGAUGCUAUACUGUAAAAAGGCAUUGUCUUUCGCAUGAGACAUUUAACCAAGGUCCAACUCUCUGUGGUCAUUAAAAAUCCCAGGGCAAUUCUCAUAAAGGGCCAGAUUUGCCCAUUGGCCUCUUCCCAUCAUGGCUUGCUCAUAAUCACCUAUAUUCUUACAACUACUUUUCUGUGUAAAGUUAUAUCCAAUUUUACAACUUUGUUACCAUGACGAUGUAAUGCCAUAAACCCUAAAACAACCGUAAAAACAAUUAAAAAAACUUUACACCUCAAAUAAUACAAAAGUUUUAACAGACAAAUUAAUGUGUGCUUUUCUAAAAUUAAAAAGUUUCACAUUUCUGCCUUUUUAAACCCUCCAAAAAUUGGCCUCAUUCACUUCCACUGUAAGUGCCUCACUGUAACCUAGAUCUUUUUUUGAAGAAAAGGAGGGACAUGGUUUUCAAUAUUAUGUCAAUAUACUGUCGAUUGAGCUUAACUUGUAUUGAACACACAGAAUAUUCCUUUAAAGAGUGAAAUGGUUAGUUCAUCCAAAAGUGAAAAUUCUGACAUGAUGUUUUAAUUUGUGUUUAGAUAUAAACCACCUGAUAUACAUGAUCAACAGUACUGUCAAAACAACACUCUAGGAAGUGAUUAAUACUGUGUCCUCCUUCAACAGGGCAAAAACAGCAUCUAUAUAACAGCAAAUAUCACAUUUGUCUCUUAGUCAGUUAUGGGUAUUUGAAAAGGUCUGCACAUUAAUAGGAAGGUUGUGAUAUUCGCACCUGGCACCUACCCUUUAUUUUCUCACUACAGUGAAAAGGCAGUAAUGGAGGAUGUAAUAAAGCAUUUACAGGGACAGACAUGCUUUUUAGGUUAAUUAUUUGGCUAUGAUGCUGAAGCUGGACAAGCUUUUGGCAGAAUCUGGGCUGGUUGUCAGGAGUUUGGCAGGAAGUGUGGAGCUGGCCGAAUAUGACUGUUUUCAGUGCCCAGUAGAAGGACAGACCAGAUAUACAGGAAUACACAGCAAUGUGGCUUUGUUUACUUUUUUUUUAAUUUUUUAUUUAAUUUGAUUUUUUUGCAGAUUUCUAGGUUAACCACAAAUUCAAAGAAAGGAAGGAGACAGUUUUCUUGAUAUUUGUCUGAAUUAAGCAAAGUCAUAAUUAGACUAUCACCAUAAAAAUCAUGGGAAGAUGCCCAGCUUUUUAAAACCAAAAUUAAAGCCUUUGUUGUUUUAAAUCAUGUUUAGAUUGAAUUCUUAACAAACUGAAGAAAAGUAUGUUUACAUGAAUAAUAAUUGGGUGUUUUUUCAGCGUUUUGCAUAAUCUGAAAAAUGUACAGCUUGAUCGCAAAUGAUGCACAAAAAAUAUUCUGUUCUUGUGAUAUUUACUUUGAUUUUUCUGUAUUUUCUGGAUGAGUGUGUGAGAUAAGUAUGUGCUUAAUUGACACUUUUGUCUGGUGUAACAAAGUACACUACCUUUUGAUAAAACUUUACUUUUGAACUGUUGACCCACAGCUGUGUUGUAAAUUGUAUAAAAAUGUAUACAUUUUUCAUGAUGAAUACAGGUAAAGUGGGACAACUGGUAAAGUGGGUCACUUUGGCUUAAUCAUCUAUAAAUCCUGUACAUUCUUCUAUUAUUAAAAAAUUACUUUGUAGCAUAUGAUAAUAUACAUAAAAGUAGUGGAUAAUAUACUAAAGACAGUAUACUUAAAGUUAAUCCUAAACGAAUGUGGUAUGACAUUGAUGUAGCCAUUUGGAUCAUAUUGAAAAACAACGGCAAUAACAGAUGAUCAGAAAGUGGCCCAAUUUACCUGUAUUCACCUUACAAAAUUGAUAAUUUUCACACAAUAAAUACUAAAAUGGUUUCUAAAUAUUUCACUCUUUAUUUGGAUUAUCAGUUUUUAAAAAUAUAAGUUUAUGAUUUGAUUUUCAUAUUUUAUGAUUAAAGGUAAAAAAAGAAAUAAAUAAAGAAGUAAGAAAAAGUGUAAAACAAAAUGUAUAGGUAUUGGAAAUGCUUGAAAAAUAAAUGAUGAAG